AUGAAUCUUCGUCGUUUAAUGUUCGAUAUGAUGCUUGCUUGGGAAAACCCAGGUUCUGAGGAAGGAUUGCUAAAAAAUAAUUCUACCUUGUGUAAUACCGUGGAGAUUGAAGAUGAAGACGAGGGAUCAAUUUUCUAUGCGAAUUCCACAAGUUUAGCUGUUCAAGUUAACGACAUGAAGACAGUUGGAUUAAGUGCUUUUACACGAAUAGCGCCUUCAUGCCCAAUAAUAGCUGACUUGGUUACUGUCCACAAUCUGUUUGAUGCACUUACAUGUUCAUCUGGUGGCCGGUUACAUUAUUUCGUAUACGACAAGUAUCUCAAAAGUUUAGACCGGGUAUUCAGAUCUAUCAAAGGAGUUAUGCAGUCAUCACUUGCUUCAAGUUUUAAUCUUGAUGCUGGGGAAUGUAUCUUAGCUAUUGAUGGUGACAAGCCUAUUCAUCCUGUACUGCAGCAUAUUGGGAUAUCAGCUUGGCCAGGAACAUUGAUCCUUACAACACAUGCUCUUUAUUUUCAGAGUAUCAGAGUUGGUUACGGUGAUAAGAUUGUUAAAUAUGAUUUAGCAACAGAUUCAAAUCAAGUGAUCAAGCGAGAUUUUACUGGACCAUUGGGUGUUCGUCUGUUUGAUAAAGCUGUGAUGUACAAAUCAAGCACUUUAACAGAACCAAUUUAUUUCGACUUUCCUGAGUUAGGGAGCCCCUCACGAAGAAACUAUUGGUUAGCAAUCACUCGUGAAGUAAUGCAGGUGAAUAGAUUUAUCAGAAAAUUCAACCUUGAAGAUAUUCAGAGAGCAGAAGCACUCUCAAAGGCUGUCCUGGGCAUCUUGAGAUACUCUGCUGUGAAAGAAGCUUUUCAUAUUGCUCCCUCUCACUUUAAGACAACACUCACAUUUAGCUUAGCUGAAAAACUCCCAAAAGGAGAUAUGGUAUUAGAGGCCCUAUACAACAACUACUUCCAACUGUUGGACACUUCAUUGAGCCAUUUGGCAACAGAGCCAGCAGUUGACAAAGCACCGCAGACUCAUUCUGUACCAUUUUCAUUAUAUGCUCUCUCUAGAAUGGGAUUUAACUUGUUGAAUAGAAAAAAUGAAACUGAAAAGGAGAUAAGCUUUUGUGCUGUUUGUGUUGGUGUAACAAAAUCUCUUGAGGCUGCUUUGCAAGAGUCAUUUCUUUAUUCUGAAAGAAUAGAGGCAGCACGUGCUACGGUUGAUCAAGUGAAGGUGGAAGGUCUUGAUGCAAAUGUAGCCCUCAUGCAGGUGUGCUGA